CCUCUCCACCCUUCGUCUUGCCCAACCAAACCAACAAACCAGCAGCAAGAAAAGAAAAGAAAAAAAAGGAGAAGACAGUGAGAAAAAGAGGAGAAAGAAACAUACACAUGAGGAUCCACCCAUCACCAGCCACGACCGCCGGCGGCAGCUGCGGCGGCAAGAAGGAUCUCCGGCGGCUGCCGCACGUCUACAGCAAGGUGCUGGAGCUGCCGUUCCCGGCGGACACCGACGUCGCGGUGUUCGAAGGCCCCGACGCGUUCCACUUCGUCGUGUCCGCCGCCGCCGCGCUCGCCGGCGAGGUGCGCGUGCGCACCGUCAGGAUCCACCCCGGGGUUGUCAGGGUGGUGGUGCAGGCCGGAGGAGGAGGCGUACACGACGACGGCGACGACGACGACAUGGAGCUCGACAAGUGGAGGUCCCGGCUGCCGGAGGCGAGCUGCCCGGCGAUGGCCGUGGCCGGCUACGUCAACGGCCAGCUCGUCGUCACCGUGCCCAAGGGGCGCGGCGGCGGCGAAGGUGACAACGACGGCGGAGAGGAGGCCUGGAGGUGCUGCAAUGGAGGGAAGAUUAGUGGCAGGCUGGUGGUUGUACAGUAGAGAAAUCAUCAGUAGAGUGAUAGCCCUUUGUCUGCGCUAAUUGUUCAUCUAAUCUACUUAUUAUCUAGUAAUGUCUUUGCCAUCUUUGUUUUUGGGUAAAGAUGGGGUUCUUUGAUGUUUCUCUUCCAUCAUAGUUCAAGGAAGAGCUGUUUCAUAUGCUGUCUUUCAAACAGCUUUUCUUGAGGCAAAGGGAAGGAAGCUACUGUAAGUUUUGUAAGUUGUAGCUUCUCUUUGUUUUUGUUUUUGUUUUUGUUUUUUUUCUUUCCUGAAACCAAUUGUAAAUACAGGAGAAUAUGUGAUUAAUUUUUAUCUUGAUUUUUCUCUUGAUUCA